AUGCCCACCAAGACCGUCCUCGUCACCGGUGCUUCCGGCUUCGUCGCCUCCUACGUCAUCGACGCCUUCCUCAACGCCGGGUGGGCCGUCAAGGGCACCGUCCGCUCGCUCGCCAAGGCCAACCACCUCAUCGAGCGCUACCCCGACCACGCCGAUAAGCUCACCUUUGUCCAGGUCCCCGACCUCGUCACGGGCGAGGGCCUCGAAGACGCCGUAAAGGGCUGCGACGCCGUCGCCCACACCGCCAGCCCGUACACGUUUAACAUCACCGACCCGAUCAAGGACCUCAUCGACCCGGCCGUCAAGGGCACGCUCUCGGUUCUCAAGGCCGCAAAGGACGAGGGCAUCAAGCACGUCGUCAUCACGUCGUCGUUCGCCGCCGUGACGAGCUUGCCCGACGGCGGACCGUGGCGCGACUACACGUACACGGCCGACGACUGGAACCCGGCAACGCUCGACGACGUGCACGACCUGCCGCCUCCCGCCGUCUACUCGCUGUCCAAGAAGCUCGCCGAGAAGGCCGCCCACGAGUUCGCCGCCCAACACGGCCUCGUCCUGAGCUCGAUCAACCCGCCCAUGAUCUAUGGCCCGCCGCUACAGAAGAUCGCGAGCCGCGACGAGGUCAACACGUCGUCGGCCGCCAUCUACGCCCUCAUCAACGGCGACGAGGGCCGCGACGUACCGUGGAACCGCCUGCCGCUGUUUGCGCACGUCGCCGACGUCGCGACGGCCCAUGUGCGCGCUCUCGAGGCCGACGACGACAAGGUGGCUGGCAAGCGGUUCCUCAUUUGCGGCGGCUCGUUCACCUGGGAGGACGCCACGAGCUACCUCGCCUCGCAGCGCCCAGCUCUCCGCUCGCGCCUCCCGACCCUUCCCGCCUCGCCCGACCAGUACAAGGACGCCGGCAAGCCCAUCGCCACGCUCGACACGUCGCUCGCAAAGGCCAACCUCGGGUUCGACUCGUUCAUCGGCUGGGAGGAGACGCUCCUUUCGACCGUCGACGCGCUCGUCGAGAUCGAGAAGCAGUUUGCGUAGCGUAGAGAUGGGCGCUGCUGUAGACAUAGACCGCGCUCGUCGGAGAAGAACCUUGGAAAUGACGAAACUUGCUGUGCACGAUCUC